AUGGCAGUUAACAACUUCCGUGGCAAAUUCAGAAGUGUAUAUAGUCUGCAGCUUUCACUAUUAGCAUUCUGGCUUUUCUGGAUCCAUGUGCAAUCAUCUGAUGCAGAAACUGCCAAGAAUCUUCCCAAAUGUAAGCUUGUAAACUCCAGCCAUGGAGUCGCUGCAAACUGUCAUCAUCUCGGACUAACGGAAGUCCCUCAAGAUCUGCCUUCGAGUGUGUUUGAGCUUGACCUGUCUGCAAAUAAACUGACCGCUCUGCACAAUGAUUCUUUUCACCAUGUUCCCAACAUGAUCAUCCUCAUCUUGGAAACCAACCCAAUAAUAUCUCUUGAGAGUGGGUCGUUCUGGCCUUUGACAAAGCUCAGGACUCUAAUACUCAGCUACACCAACCUACAGUCAAUACCAAUAAGAACUUUCUUGAAGAACGUGCAACUUACAAAGCUCCUAAUGAAUGACAAUCACUUAGGGUCUGUCCCCCACGGAGCUGUUUCCGACAUACCGCACCUGUCUAAUCUGCUGCUUAAUGGAAACAAAAUAACCAGUCUUGACUUUGAGGGAUGUUCACAUUGGUCUCAUUUAGGAAGAAUAAACCUUGACCUAAAUGAGGUUGAGGAAAUUGGGCAGGGUGACUUUCUACCUUUGGAGAACACAACGAUACACAGUUUGACCUUUGUAUCCAACAAAAUAAAAAUUCUACAACCACAAAGCUUCAUGCAUUUGAAUUCCGUACAACAAAUUUUGCUAGGUGGGAAUCAACUUCACUCACUUGACAUUCGACCUUUCCUAGGCAUGACUUCCAUUGACUAUUUAUCGUUGUACGGAUGCCAGAUCCAUGACCUUUUACCACCUGAAACAGCCUCCAACAUGUCUGUCACGUACCCAACCAUUCGAUCUCUUAUGCUGUCUGGUAAUAAAAUUGAGACUGUGCCAGUGGGUGCUUUCUGGGGCUUCACAUCACUUGAAUUUCUCUCCUUGAGACUAAACAAAAUCAAACUCCUCACAAACAGAUCUUUGUGUCAUCUGGAGUCACUUACAGAACUGGAUAUUUCCUAUAACAAAAUAACCACCUUCUCAAAUGCAACAUUUGCCUGUCUGCAGAGUUUGAAAGUGCUUAAUGCAUCAGGAAACUUACUACAGGCCCUUUUGCCAGGAUAUUUCAAUGGAUUGCGAUCCAUUCUUACCAUAACAGUCUCGAGUAACAGAAUCGAAGAACUGAACAAUGGCAAACAUCUGUGGACAGUCAAGACACUGCGCAUGCUCGACAUAUCCCACAAUGCCUUAAUUAGUAUUUCUCAGGACAGAUUCAAUGGCCUUGCCAAUCUGGUACUAAACAUAACUGAUAAUGAUAUCAAUUACUACAGUUACAAAGCUUUCACCAGCAUUUUGAACUUAAAGGAGCUGUACCUAAAAAAUGAAGCGACAACAUAUCUGAAAGAUACCUUUAGUCAACUAGAUACCUUGCUUAUUCUAGAUGUAUCGAAUGCACCCAUCAGGGUAUCACUGCAAACUCAAGAGCAGUUUUCAAAUAUGAGAAGUUUAGGUGAGCUUCGAAUGGAGAAUGCACAGCUGGAGAAUACUACCUUAUAUGAUAAGGACAAAAAUCAGUCACUCUUUGCUGGUCUCUCCUCGCUGUUCAAGUUGAGAAUCAAAGGCAAUUAUUUGCAUGACCUUGACAUUAGGGUAUUUCACAACCUUUCACGGCUAGUCCAUCUUGACAUGACCAACUCAAGAAUACAUACACUAAGAUCGGGAUUGUUAAGUCCUCUCAGCUCUCUAAGAUACCUUUACCUCAGUGAGAACAGUUUGGUGGAACUCCCUGGAGAUGUAUUCAAUGGACUCUUCAACCUAAAAGUCCUCUACUUCCAGAACAAUAUCCUAAGUAGUCUGGACCCGCAGACGUUUGCAGAGAUAUUAGAACUGACUGACCUGUAUCUCCCAGGGAAUCAAAUCAGCACAAUCAAACCUGGAACAGUUCUACCGGGGAAUAAUUCGCUCCGGUUGGACAUAUCAAACAACCCUUUCUCCUGCACCUGCUCCUUGAAAUGGUUCAGGCAGUGGUUGGACACAGCUAACAUAGAUUUCAAACAUGCAGAUAAAACGCUUUGCUCGGGGACAUCCCUGAAAGGAUUUACGAAACAACCGAUACUGUCCUUUCAUCCCGAAGAUUACUGUGGUGUCAACAUCUUCCUCAUUGCAGGUGUGUCUUUUGCAGGCAUCUUUAUUUGCCUGCUAACGAUACUUGCAUACCACAGACGUUGGUGGUUAAAUCACAAGAUAUUCCUUUUGAAAUUGGCUGUGGUUGGCUACAAAGAGAUGGCAGAGGACUUUGAGGCAGAUCGCUAUGAGUUUCAUCUCAACCUCAUGUUCCACGAAGAUGAAGAGGAGUGGGUGGAUCGGGUCAUGAGACCUGCCCUGGAGGAGAGGUUGCCACAUCUACGGAACAUCAUCUAUGGGGACAAAGACCUGCACCUUGGGAUGUUCUACAUUAAUGCCAUCUUCCAUGCCCUGGACAACAGCUUCAAGACAGUCUUGUUAAUCAGCAACCGGUCAGUGGAUGAUGCCUGGUGCAUGACUAAGCUUCGUAUGGCUCUUGAGCAAAUCAACGAUACAGGACUAGACAAGAUCCUCUUGCUCUUUGUGGAGGAGAUUGAUGAUGAGAACCUGCCAUAUCUUGUCAGGUUGUUUCUGAGCAAGAACAAACCUUACAUGCUGUGGACGGAUGAUGAAGAUGGGCAGGAACUCUUCUGGGCUCAGUUUGAGAAGAGCAUGAGAUCUAAUAAGGCUAUCAAUAAUGCUAUUCCUCUCUGA